AUGGCCGGCGAUCGGCCCUCUCCACCGCUCUUCGCUGCCCUGCUCCUCGUCGCUGCGUCCCUCCGCGUCGCCAGCUCGUCGGAUUCCGAUGUCCUCCUCCGGUUCAAGGCUACCGUAUCCGACCCUGCGGGCUCCCUCAACAGCUGGGCCGCGGGCUCCACCCCCUGCAACAAGAACGUCUCGAACUGGGCCGGCGUCGUCUGCCACGACGACGGCAGCGUCUCCGGGCUGCGCCUCGAGGAUAUGAGACUCUCCGGCUCGUUGACCCGCAUCGAUCUCCUCCAGAGUUUGCCGGGGCUUCGCACCCUCAGCUUCAUGAAGAACGACUUGGCGGGGCCGUUGCCGGUGGUCGAGAAGUUCAAUAGUCUGCGGACGUUAUACCUGUCGAUGAACAAGUUCUCCGGUGCGAUCUCGGACGACGCCUUCGCCGGCAUGAGCUGGCUCAAGAAGCUUCAUCUCUCCAGCAAUGGUUUCUCGGGCCCGAUCCCGACGUCGAUCGCCCAACUGCCCAAGCUUCUCGAGCUGAGGCUGGACAACAACAGGUUCAGCGGCCCCAUUCCGGACCUGCAGCUGAAGUCACUGAAGCUGGUGAACAUGUCGAACAACUACUUGGAGGGGCGGAUUCCCGAUGGCUUCAGAACGAUGGACGCAGGUCUGUUCGCAGGCAACAAGGCUCUCUGCGGUGAUCCUAUUGGAGUGCCAUGCAAACCGCUGCCGUCGGAGAGUCUAUCGAACCAAAAACUCGCAGUCACGGUGGCCACAGUCGUCUUCAUAGUCUCAGGAAUCGUGGCGGUGGUGCUCCUGCUGCCACAACAACGGCAGAUGGAGCACGAGCGACUGGAGCAGGUGCAGUCACCGAAGAAGCCAUCGAAGGACACGAAAUUUGCGUCGUCACCGAAGGAGGAAAAGCUGGAGUCGGGGGCGGCGGGAUACGACAGCGACGGGAGCAGCAGGAAGCCGGCGAAGGAGCACGAGCAAGGGAGGCUGGUGUUCGUGCGGGAGGGGCGGGAGAGGUUCGAGCUGCAGGACCUGCUCAAGUCUUCGGCGGAGGUGCUCGGGACGGGGAGGUUUGGGUGCUCCUACAAGGCGGCGUUGUUGAGUGGCCGGUCGGUGGUGGUGAAGAGGUUCAGGGACAUGAAUCGGGUGGGGAAGGAGGAUUUCGAGGAGCACAUGAGGAGGAUGGGGAGACUGUCGCACCCCAAUUUGCUGCCAUUGGUGGCUUAUUACUACAGGAAGGACGAGAAGCUGCUGGUGACGGACUACGUCCCCAGGAGGAGCCUGGCCGCCGCACUCCAUGGUUUUCGUGCCGCAAAAGUACCGGCACUCGAUUGGGGCACUCGCCUAAAGGUCGUCAAAGGAAUCGCCAAGGGACUAAAUUACCUCUACGAAGAGCUCCAAAUGCUAAGCGUACCCCAUGGUCAUCUCAAAUCCUCCAAUGUUCUUCUAAGUGACUCUUUUGAGCCACUUCUCACUGACUACGCCCUCGUACCUGUAACGAACCAAGCUAAAGCCGCACAAUCCAUGGUGGCAUAUAAGUCCCCCGAGUGCAAGCAACACGGCAAGACAUCAAAGAAAAGCGACAUUUGGAGUUUGGGAACACUGAUACUAGAGAUCCUAACAGGUCGGAUCUCCAUGAUCGAUCCGUCGCAGGACAAGGAAGCCGUCAACUUGGCAGGUUGGGUGAACACCGUCGCGGAAGAAGAAUGGAUCGAUAAGGUGCUCGACCGCGAGAUGAGGGCGACGAGGAAGAGCGGAGAAGAGAUGAUCAAGCUGUUGAAAGUUGGGUUGGCUUGUUGUGAAGCAAAUGUGGAAAAAAGAUGGGAGUUGGAAGAAGUUCUUGACAGGAUUGAAGAGCUGAAAGAAAGUGAGGGAGAUGAAGACAGCUAG